CGUUAUCUUUAGUUACCGUCCUUGGAGCGAACAGGCCUUCUGCUCCCGCGUCAUUUUGCACCGUGAGCGCGACUGUCUUUAGUUGUCAUGGUAACCGGUGGACAACAGGUAACAUGGCGGAAGAGAAACUUGCGUUUGAGCAAGGGUUCACCUUCAAUUUGCUUUCUACCAAAAAAUUCACGUUACGGCAAGAUCCCAAGAUAUCAAGACUCCUGAUGAAAUGGUCCAUGCUAGGUCGAAUUAACAUCCAGGCCUUCAACUUUGACCAAUCUUUCCAGUCUUAUAGAAGCAAUGACUUUGCUUGGAGUUUCUUUCAAGAUCCAUGUGUGAAGAACAAUUUAAAGGUACUUGAUACUGCUGGAUCAUGGACACUACUGGGUAGAGACAUCACACAUGUAAAUGUUGAAGUUGUCCCAUGCACAAAGGUGUCAGUAGAUAUAUUCAAUCCAAUUUACUCAAAUGGAAUUUUGCAUCCAUCUGGCCACAUUGUCAAAUGUUACCAUGAAAUAUACCCAGACUUUGAUGAGUUAAGGAUGCUUUUGCUUGAAGAAGAUUCUAACAACUAUCAUAUAAUCAGUCCAAGUGAUCGUCAGGAGUUUUUGUUUAGACUGUUCAAGCAUAUGGUCUUAGGUGGUGAACUUUGCCAAUGUGAGGAUGUCAUCGAUCCCUAUGUUGAGACAGCAAAAAUGAUGUACAAAGACUUGGUCAGCGUUCAGAAGGAUCGAGAUACAAAAGAGAUCACUGUGGUCACAACAAUCUUGAAAGUUUCUGCUCAUGAUCACAGUGGAUUAUGCUACCCAUCUGCAACAGAAAAUGAGCAGACAUUUGCUUACCUCUGUAUUGAUCCAUUCAAAAGGCAUGUGUAUGUUCUAUACCAUUCAUUUGGUAUAGGGGACUUUAAAUGAAGGGCCCUAGAUCUCAUAAAAACACUGAGACAUUAUUAUUAUUAUUAGGAACUACAACCUUUAAUUUAUGUUAAUCAAGUGAU